CCUGUUUUUGUAUCUUCUGUUACAGGUUGGAGCCAGUUGGAGCAUACAGUGUGCAGCUUUUGUAAUGCAACAUUCCAGGUUUCUCAAGGGGUUCCGUCCACUGGGGCAGAGCCUGAGCAUCAUGAAGGAGACUUCUGAGGAGCGAGCUGCCUCUCUGUCACCUUCCCGGCAUGCUUCUUGGAAAGGAUCAUUGGGUCUUACGUAAAUAAUCAAGGGGCUUGAAUUAAAAGAAACAGCUGUUUGUUCAAACAUUCAUCAACUAUUAACUGAGUACCUCCUCUGCUGCACUCCAGACCCUCGGAAGCACGCCCACUGCCAUGUUCUUUGGUAUCCUAGCAACCAAAAACUCUCAUCUGAGCUCUGGCCAGGACAGAGGCCAUUUUCCCCCUGACUGCCGUGACUUACAGCCUCUCCAGAUCUCUGAGCAUUUGUUUGUGCAGCUCGUGGUCCACUGAAGGCCACCACUCGUCCCCAUGGAUGCCCCAAACCCCAGCUCGACUGACCUUCCUGACAACAUGAGCUUCUCGCUCUCGUUCUCUGAGCUGGUCAACAUUGCCAUCCCGCAGUACGGUGUGGUGAACUUCAAGGCCCUGCACCUGGUGCUCCAUGGCAUCCUGGAGCACAUCAACAUGGCUGAGCUCAAGAAGGUCCUCUCAGGAGAUGAGGAAUUCCUCCAGACCUCACAGAACAUGUUAAUGCCCCGGGAAGGAGAUGGUCAGCCCACCGUCCAGCCCCUGAAGAGGCUGAGCAAUGUCUUCGACCACGUGGUGAGCCGUAUCGAGAGGUUAGAGAGCCAGCUGAGCAUGCUGCAUGAAAUGCCUUCCACCUCCAUGCUGCUGGAGGGCAGCCAAGGGACCAACCGGCCUGCCCAGGAACUGUGGCAGCUGAUAAAGCUCCGGAAGAUGGUGGAGGGCAAUGAAGAAGCCUUAGAAAAGGCUAUGAAGACCAUGCAGGAUUUGCUCACCGACAUUAAUUCACUCAAGACUGACACUGAAACCCUCAGGAAGGAUGUGGACAUGCUGAAGGACAUGUGGAAUAAGAUACACCUGGACCGCAUAAACACUUUCUUUGAUGACAUGAAAGCGCAGAACCGGAAGAUAAAUGUGCUGCAGCGGGAUGUGACUGCUCUCCAGAACAAGAUUAGCACCAUCCCCAAAGCUGACGACUUGGUACUCUGGAGUAGCCUCCACGAUGCCUUGUUCGCCCCGGUAAAAGAGCUGGAAGAUUCUGAUAUGUGGAAAGUUGCAGAGAAGCUCCCAGAGCCUGAACUUGCCCAGACCACCAUGUUCCUCGAAAGUUCUGGUCCCAGCCAGGUCUCAGAGGCCUUCCAACUCCCCAGGCCCUUGGAGACCGUUUGGCAUUACCCGGUCCCUGGGCAAGUACAGAAGGAGGAGUCUGCCCAUGGAGUUCCUCUCACAGGGGCCCAGGGGUUGGGCCAGUCUCAGGUGCUCGAGCCUGGGCCAGCACCCAAACCUGCGCCAGAGCCUGAGCCCAUGCCUGGCCUUGAGCCCAUACAACAGCCCAGUCUGGCACCUGGGUUCAUAUUACCACCUUGGCCUAGGUUCAGACCGAAGACUAUGGCCAGACCUGGGCCUGCAUAUGGACCUGGGCUUGCAUUUGGACUUAGACCUGCCCCCGGACCUGGGUUUGUCCCUAGACCUGGGCCUGCCCCUGGACCUGGGCCUAUAUAUGGACCUGGACCUGGGUAUGGACCUGGGCCUGCCCCUGGACCAGGGCCUGCCCCUGAACCCAUGCCCCCUGGGCCUGCCCCUGGACCUGGGCCUAUAUAUGGACCUGGACCUGGGUAUGGACCUGGGUAUGGACCUGAGACUCCAUAUGGACCUGGGCCUAUGUAUGGACCCGGGCCUAUGUAUGGACCUGGGCCUGCCCCCGGACCAGGGCCUGCCCCUGAACCCAUGCCCCCUGGGCCUGGGCCUGAGUUUGGACCUGGACCUGCUCCUGCCUCCGGGCCUGGGCUUGCCCCAGGCUUUUGGCCCACACCACCAAGAUUCUGGCCUAUGCUAUCAAGAGGUGGGCUUCCUCCAAGAGGCUUGUCUGACGGUAGCAGUUGGCCUUUCUGGGGCUUAGGUCACUUUCAGCCUGGCCCAAGCCAAUUGGACUCCCAGGGUUUCAGGGCCCCACCACCAGCCAUAGAGCCUGGCUCAGCCUGGCCUCAGACACUGGAGUCACGGGAAGAGAUGCAACAGCUCCCAUCUCUCUCAGAAGGUACAGAAGAAGAUUACUUACAGUACAAGACGGACACUCACGAGGUAGCCCCUGCUGCUCAAACCUCUGAAGAAGAACCCCCUAAGAGUGCCCGGACCGCCCUUCGUCGGAUGAAAACUACUGCUGUCAUUGCAGCUGCUGCCGCCGCCGCCUAUGCAGCUGCCGCGAGCUCAGCAACCCGGGCAGCUGAGGCCUCAGCCCGGGCCGCUGAGUCCUCAGCCCUGGUCGUCCAGGAUGCCCCCGCCACUAAACUGGCCUCUGUAGCAACAAGCGUGGCUGCAUCUGGACCCUUAGGGAUCUUUGCAGAUGUUAUGGGCGCUGGGUCUUCCCGUGGGGCCAUACCCUCCAUGUCAAUCACUGAUGCGGCAGAGAUGGGCUAUGAAGAGUUUGUCGCUUCUACGUAUGCUACUCACUUCAUCGCUCCUGACACUGAGCUGUCCCAGGCCACGCUGGUUGCCAGACAGGCAAUAACUCCUGAAGACAAGAAGAAGGCCGUCAAGUAUUCCAUGAGCCACAUAGCCCAGAUACCCGUUAAACACGACUCCCUGAAAGAAGAGUUUGACCAGCUGUCAUCGCACAUGAAACAUCACAUAGCUCAUCUAGCUCAUAGGGGAAGCUCUUCCAAGUUUGGGAUGACACUGGACAUACUGCAAGAAAAGAUUGGCAACCUCCAGAAAUCCAGGUUACAGGAGGAGGAACUUGAGAAAGUUUGGGGCCACCAAAUAGCGGCGAUGAAGGAUCAUUACAUCGUUCUGGACAGGGCAGUGGAAAAGAUCUAUAAUCGCCUGGAGGAGUUUAAGAUUCUAGAGUCUCAAAUAAAAAACCUAGACAUGAUCAAGGCAGACAAAAGUGAGAUGGAGCAGGAGUUAAAAGAGAAAGCUGACAAGAGCAUCCUGGCAGCCAAGGCCAGCCGUGUUGACCUGGAGAGGGUGGAGAUGGAGCUGAACGAGAUGGUUCAGGGCAUACUACUGAGGGUCAUGUCCCAGGAGGAUGACUGGAAGAAGAUGGUGGAGCAGCUCAGCAAGGACGUGGGCAGCAAGCUGAACAGCAAGGAUUUGGACAGUCUAAAGAAAGACAUAAAUGAGGUCUGGCAUAUAGUCAAGAAGCUGCUCAUUGAAGGCCUCCGAUUCGACCCUGACAGUGCCGCGGGCUUUAGGAAGAAACUGUUUGAGCAGGUGAAAUGCAUUUCCUGUGACCGGCCGGUGGAGAUGAUGACUGGCCCACAUCUCAUCACCAUCCGCAAAGCCCACCUGCUGUCCACGCUUCGGCCAUCUAGUGCCAACAGCUACGAGUACCUGCAGCGGCAACAGAUGAGGGAGCAGCAGCAGCUCCAGAACCUUGGAGACCAGGACUGGCACGACGGCCCUGGGAAUGAUGCAAACCUCAAGCUCAAGUCAUAUAACUUGACAACACUCUAUCCCUAUGGGGACCCUGAUAUUUUGGACUAUGAUACCGCCGAGGUGGACAUCCUGGGAGUGGAUGGGAUCCUGUACAAGGGCCGAAUGGAGAACCAGGAAGGCGCACAGCCACUGACCAGCGCGGAGAAGGGGCUGGCUGCUGUAAAGGUUCCACGUCCCCCGACUCGAAACCUAUAUGAGCACUUUGGUGUCAUCUGCCCCCCCCUGCGCUCCAGUGCCAACAUCCGCUCAGAGACUUCAGGCCCCCGUUCAACGACACCAGCUCACACGCCAUCUCUGCCACCCUUGCCAUUGCUGCCUCCCCUGAUGCCACACCUGCAGGAGCCCCAGCAGGCCUCAAGGUCCAUCAGGCAUCCAAGGCCUCAGCGCCCCUAUUCCCGAGUCAGCACGCAGACGACCUAGUAGCCCGACCACCUGUGAGCCCUGUACCCUGUGCCCCCACCAUCCCUUCCACUCCCCGUGCCAGCCAAGAC